AUGCCAACUUUCAAGAUCAGCCAAUUGAAUCCAGGAAAUGUGAUUGGCCCGAUUGCUCGCUGCAACCUCCACAAUAUAACACGUGCUCGGUUCUUAAGAACAACCAUCAAUCCAAGCUUAAGUUUUGCACUGUCAUCUGUAGAAGCCAGGUCUGAAAAGGAGUGGGAAGAGAAGCUUGCUCUCUUAUCAGAGCCAGGUUUCGAUCCUGGGACCUUGGCCACAAUUCCGAGUACUGUCCAGCUAUCAUGCUUCUUAUCAAGACCCACUAAUUAUUCUUCAAAUGGGUCUACUGCAUGUUUUUCCAAGCUCAAUUCUAGGUUUCUGGGUAAGUCAGCAACUAAAACUCUAGGAUGUUGCAGGCACACAACCAGACUUUGCCCAACCUCAGGUUCAAGAACCACAUGCUGGUUCAGAUUUGGGAAAAAUGGUGUUGAUGCAGAAGGUGCUGGAGUUUACGGUAGCCAGACCCGUGAUGAUUUUGACCGCGACGAUGUUGAACAGUACUUCAAUUAUAUGGGCAUGCUAGCUGUGGAGGGUACAUAUGAUAAGAUGGAGGCUCUUUUGAACCAAAACAUCCACCCAGUCGACAUCUUGCUGAUGAUGGCUGCCUCAGAGGGUGACAAGCCAAAGAUUGAGGAAUUGCUUAGAGCAGGAGCUGAUUACACUGUCAAAGAUUCAGAAGGCCAGAGUGCCCUGGCAAAGGCAGCAAGUGAUGAAAUCAAGGACUUUAUUCUUGGGUUUUCAGUUCAAAAGGCAUAAUGUAGUGUCCUGCUAGUAGUAUAUAGGAAGUUUUGCCAUUGUAUUAUCUGCAUUUAUUGCCUCAAACAGAUUUAUUAAGCAGUUCCUUCUACAAUGUUAUGUUAACACUGCAAUUUCUUUUGUUGCUAACCUAAUGAUGUCGUCUUCUGACA